CCUCCAACAACAAGAAGCAGGAGCCAGACAACAUGGCCGACCUGGGAAAGAAGUACUGUGUUAACUGCCUUGCAGACGUUACAAACCUGCGGCUUCGCUGCACCGACUGCCCCGAUAUCGAACUGUGUCCGGAGUGUUUCUCGGCGGGCGCAGAAAUCGGUAAUCACCGGAGAUGGCACGGCUACCAGCAGGUCGACGGCGGUCGCUUCUCGCUCUGGGGUUCCGAGGCAGAGGGAGGCUGGACCAGCAGGGAAGAGCAGUCGCUACUCGAUGCCAUCGAACAAUAUGGAUUUGGAAACUGGGAGGACAUGGCUGCUCACGUCGGAGCAUCCCGAACUCCUCAGGAAGUUAUGGAACACUACGUCACCAUGUACAUUCACGGAAACCUGGGUAAGGCCUGCAUCCCAGACAACAUUCCCAACCGGGUGACGGACCACACUUGUCCGAGCGGGGGCCCUCUGUCGCCUAGCCUCACCACUCCGCUCCCUCCGCUGGAUAUCAGCCUGGCUGAGCAGCAGCAGCUGGGCUACAUGCCACUACGUGACGACUAUGAGAUUGAAUAUGACCAGGAUGCAGAGAAGCUCAUCAGUGGGCUGUCUGUGAACUAUGACGAUGAGGAUGUGGAAAUUGAAAUGAAACGUGCCCAUGUGGACAUGUAUGUGCGCAAGCUCAGAGAACGCCAGCGACGUAAGAACAUUGCCCGGGACUAUAACUUGGUGCCUGCUUUCCUGGGCCGAGACAAAAAAGACAAAGAGAAGGAGAGACCUGGAGUGCUGGGCGUCAUAAGCAGUGCUGGUGGUGUGGGUGGUGCAGGAGCUGGCGGCGGCACUAUUGGUUUAGGUUCCACAGCAGGAGCAGGAUCAGGUCCUGUUACCAGUACGCCCAAAAGAAAGAUCACUAAAGAAGAGAAGGAGCAGCGGGUCAGACUGCGGGGGCUCUGUCAGUUCAUGGCCCAUCGGGAGUUUGAAGACUUCUUUGAGAACAUGCAUAAAGAGCGUGUGUUAAGGGCCAAGGUGCGUGAGCUGCAGCGCUAUCGCCGCAAUGGCAUCACCCGCCUGGAAGAGUCUGCUGAAUAUGAAGCGGCGCGCCACAAACGGGAGAAACGCAAGGAGAACAAAAGUGUGGUCACCUCAAAACGAGCCAGCGGAGGAGGGGGUGGGCUUGGCUCUGGGAUGGGAGGGGGGGUUGGAGCUGGUGGAGGAGGAGGCAUUGCUGGAGGGUUGGGGGUCGGAGGUGGGAUCAAAGAAGAAGGAAAAGAUGGUGAGUUUGCUGCCAUCGAGAAUCUGACGGGCUUUGAGCUGCUGUCAGACAGGGAGAAGGUGCUGUGCAACUCUCUGAACCUCAGCCCAGCACGCUAUCUGACUGUCAAAACCAUCAUCAUCAAAGAUCACCUGCAGAAAAGGCAAGGCAUUCCGGCCAAGAGCCGGCUGCCAAGCUACCUGGACAAGGUCCUCAAAAAGCGCAUUCUCACCUUCCUCACGGAAAGUGGCUGGAUAUCCCGAGACGCCUUGUAGUGAUCUGUAUUUGGUCAGGAAGUAAUGAGCUGAUGAUCUCUGAUAGCUGUUUUGCUAUAAGCUUCAUAGGCAGACAAAACUACUGGCUUUUUUCAAUAGUGACGUUGUAAAUAUGUACAUUGCAAAGAAAGACAAUGCAUCACUGGAUAAAAAGUCUAUUUUUAUACCAGGGCUAGAAACAAAAAUAAGCCUAUAUUUUUACAUUUGGAAAGGGACAGGAGUGAAAAACAACUCUGUGGGUUCACAUUACUUUGUAUCAGUCUUGUUACAUUAUGAAUGAGAACUACAAUGCUAACUAGUAGUACAUAGUUGCAGAGAUAUUUUAGUGUUCUUGAUUCAUUGAAAAUUUAAAAUCCUGACAUCAACAGGCCAAAGGCUGUUGCAUGCUGAAAAGAAGGGUAAAUGAGAACAUUAUUGUUCCUGGAAAUGUAUGAGAGUUGUGACUUCUGGAUGAAUGCUUGUCACUGAUGGGUGACAAAAAUGAUCACUGUUGUGAGAUCUUUUUCAUGAUCUGCUAAACCCUACCGAAGUUGAUCAACUUUGUUUGCUGUUUCAUCAGUUAAAGCUGGGCCCAGUAACUUUCCAGCAAGAGCAAACUGUUUGAUUUUUCUAACAUUUUAAAGAGGUAAAAUUGAUUUUUGAAGUGGGGCUGUAUGGGGUGCUUAUCCACAGUCAGUGUAUUACCUACACUAGGUAACAGUCAGCACACUCCCAGUUCGGAGAAACAGACAGGAGUAUCACUAUGGAAGCUAAAGCUCUGUUUCCAAUGAGCAGUUAGUUAUGGUUCAAUCCAGUUCAGUACACAUUUUUUCCACUUCCACUGUGAAAAGUUGUGGAUGGUACCAAUGAAACUAUUCCUAACCAUCCCCAUUUUUGGUCCCCCAUCUGUUGGGGUACCUAGAACACAGAGCUAGUACUUAAAGGUGGAGCUAUAAUCACUGCAGUCCGCUGAUUGGUCAAUAAAGGAUGGUCACUCUGGUCAGGGCUGAGUUGUGGCUGGUUUUGAGGCUUAUGUAACCACUGUUCAUACUGUGGCAAGUCAUACAUAUAUUAUUAAACUAUAACUAUGAAAUGAAAUGAUGUCUUGCUGCCUCUAGCAGCAGGUGUAGUCUGAGGAAAAAAUAACCUCAUUCAGUGGGCCGACUGCCGGCAACUUUUAAGGUGGAAGGUUUAUUUGUAAUGUUAUUGAAUGCAUGAGUUGAGGAUGUGAAUUAUCUCUUGGAUGACAUACACUUUUAAUAAUGAGUGGGUCUUCAAGAGUUUAAAAAUAUAUAUUAAUUUCGCUGGAUUAUAUAAACUGUCUGUGCCACCAGAGAAGAGGAAAUACAGCGAGCGCUGGACGGAGCAGUGAGUGACAACAACGCCGCCCACAUUUAGGAGUACAGUUUGCAGUGGAAACACUAAACGGAUCUAGGGUCCAGGUACCAUGCCUGAAAGGUUACUUUUGGUUCAAAAGGUACCAUACCGAAAGUGUUUGGUGGAAACGGGGCUUAAUAGUGUAUUCUCUGGAUAGGGUUUAGCAGCAAAUGAUACUUUGGCCACUUAAAAAACGUCAGACUGGCACUUGCUGCAGAGCACUGUUGUACCCAACCAUGAGGUAAAAUUACACUAAACACCUACAAAUAAAUAAAACCACUCUCCAAACAACCAGUUAAGUGUGAAGCUCUGGCAUCGUCUAAUGCAGAAAGAUCCUGAGAUUGUCUUGUAACCAAGUCCCACUCAUGGCUGCAGUAGCUCUCUGGGUCCGUUAGCAUGCAUUUAUGGUUUACAUGGUUAGCUUCUGCUCUUUCUGGGCCUCCAGUUUCCACAUACGUUGCCUUUCUGUUUUUUGGCCUGUUGGAUCUCCCUCCGUAAAAGUUCUUAUUCUCUUUUCUCUGGCUAACAAACUGCUGAAAAUCAGACCCAAUCAGCUCACCUGCAGCGUAAUACAGUGUAGGCUAAUGUGUACAAAUACUGAGGUGCUGUGGUUGAGAAAAUGUCGUGGAAAAGACAGGGCUGUCUGAUGGCAAGGUAAAGUAGUGAACAAAUACUUAAUAUUACAGUCCAACUAAACUGAUAUUGAUUUUUCAGAUAUGCUUUUUUUUAUUAUUAUUAUUUCAAGUGGCUAAAGGACCGUUUGCUCCUAACCCACAUCCACAGCAGUACAACUUCCAUGGUGGGACUCCUGUCUGCUUCAAACUGCCAUCGACUAUAGGUGAUACACCGACUAUGAAUAAGUACCUCGUACAGCUCGACUUAAAAAGAUCCAGACUAUCACCGUAGAGGCCUCAGUUUCCUAGAAAUUGUUGUGUAUCUUCAGUAAACUCAGUCAGUAAACUGACUUUUUUUUCUUCCUGCCUACAAGAGAAGGGAAAAAAAGCAGCAGGGUUCAGCCAUCGUCUAGCUCUUUUUGGAGUGAGCAGUUGUUACUGCCUGAAGGCACUCUGUAUCAGGGUCUGACAGAUAGAGGUUGACAUAGAGCUAAACCGAUAUAUCUGCUGUUGUUAGCUCAUCAUUGAUAUAUCAGUAUCAGCACAAAUGUCAGCCAGUUAGUGAGAAGAAAUGUAAGUUAAAAAAUGCCAAAGAAUAUUAAAAGAUCAUUUCGAGA